CCCCUAACUUAGACAUGAAAUUCACCUGACCUCGACCUUGAUACUGGUAUUACGGCUACAAUCGAUGAUAUUGCGUCUUCCAUUGUCGCGGCUCUUUUUUUCCCUGCCUUGUUUUGCAACCUUGCGGUUCAGGCCGCAGUAUUUUAAUGCUAGUGGUUAUUCAGUUCGACGCUUAUCCUCAAAAGAGACAUACCGAAAUAGGUAUACUCACCACAGGAAUGCUUUUCCUGGUAAACCGAACUAUGCGUACGGUGUUUACGUGACCAUCUUACUUUGCUUAUUGCUAUUUUACAGUCUUGGCGGUGGACGUUAUCUUGAUACUCUGGAAGCGCGGUGGAUCGAAAAGGGAAGGAAGAAGCGCAAAGCUAUCCAGGAUGUCAAAUGUGAAACAGUGUUUGAGCAGGUUCAGGAUAAACGCGUAUUAGCUGAAGAUAAUACUGCUCCACUUAAGAAGAGUCAUUUGGGAUUCAGGGCGCGAAAGUUCAUUGCUUAUGAGAACAGGAUCAGAGCCUAUUCGACACCGGACAAAAUAUUCCGUUAUUUUGCCACCUUGAAGACUGUGGACGAGGAUGGUGAGAACAUUUUCAUGACUCCGGAAGAUUUCGUGCGCGCCAUCACUCCCGGGUUGAAGCAACCCCAAGGUUUGGAGUUGGACUCUUUCAAGCGCUUUGACCCAAAGACUGCUCUCCUGCAUUUGGGCAUUUCACGUGAUUCCCUCUUCUACCAUCUCUGUGACAGAGCGCUUAUCUCCUUUACUGAUUUCGUUUUUCUCCUUUCGGUUCUCUCAACACCACGGAGACAAUUUGAAAUCGCUUUCAGAAUGUUUGAUCUGAACGGAGAUGGUGAACUGGAUGCAGAUGAAUUCGAUAUGGUUCGCUCCGUGAUUCUGGACACUACUGCCAUGGGACGUCGUCAUCGGGACAACUCGAUCACCGGCAGCACGUUGAAACGGCGCUCUAAUAGCGCACUUCAACAGUAUUUCUUCGGACCUGAUGGUGAUCAAAAGCUGACAAUCCAAAAAUUUCUUCAGUUUCACGCCGAAUUACAGAAUGAAAUUACUCGUUUAGAGUUUAAUCGAGCCUCACCAGUCGACGGGAAAAUCACAGAGAUCCAGUUCGCCAAUAUCUUACUAACCUAUGCCGGGUUCUCCGAACAGAAGCGUCGCAAGUUGAUACGGGGCGUAAAACAGAAGUUCCCUAAAACUGAAGAGAACGAGGGCAUUACUUAUCGUGACUUUGCCGACUUCAACCUACUGCUGCGUUCCAUCUCCGAUGUGGAUAUCGCUCUCUCUUUCCAUCACAUGAUCGGGGCCCCUAUUGACCAGGCCACAUUGAAACGUGUGGCUACUGCUGUGGCGAAUGUGGACCUCUCCCCUCACGUCAUUGAUGUGGUGUUUACUCUGUUUGAUGAAAACAACGACGGACAUCUCAGUUACCGUGAAUUUGUUGGCGUAAUGCGAAACCGUCUAGUUCGCGGUCUGGACAAACCUAUGGACACCGGAUUUGUCCGCUUCGUGAAUUCCCUCUAUGUCUGUACCAAGGAGCAGUUCCGUCAUUCCCGCUCCCAAAGCAUUUAAACUUGCUGAGCGGCACGUUGUUGGCAAUUCACUAACCGUCCCCUUUUUCACGUCCCCACUUUGCGGUAGCCUUUUUCAUUUUACUUUUCUCGUCUUGUCCGUCCCUGCAGUCCAUCACGUGAUAGGCUAUGUAAUAAACCGUUAUAAUGACAUCUCUUCCUUUUCUGUCCCCCACAAGCCACUGUAUCUACUCUUGAUGUCUGUUUUUAGUCUCUCUGCUAUCGUAUCUUAUUUACUUCGUCCGUGAUGACCUUUUGGUUCCAUAAUUCCCUACUCUCAGAUCUUUGUUCGCUUGGACUCGGCACUUCUCCUAAUCCAUUGCAUUCUCUAUCAUAAAGAGUAACAUCACCGAGGUUCUGUUCGCUUCGACGUCACUAUUUUUAUCGACCUUAUGCUGCACUAUUUUACUUGGACAAUAUUGAUUUGCCUGCACCUUGC